UGGAUGCUUUUCGCGUGACGAAUUGCAAACUAUAUUUACAUGUCAUGCCUUAUCUAGGGCGUGCGUUUUGCAGUGAUCUCGUUCAAUGAAAACUUGUUUGCCCUGCGCGCGUGCACUUGCUACUAUAUAAGGCAAAUGUCAAAACGGAAUUAAAUUCGAUAACAAAUGCCUCCAACAUGUACUUAUAAAGACAGACGAUGAAGCUUGAAGGUAUGAAUGAAAUUUAAAGUGUCCUUACAAUAUUCUAUAGUUUUACUAAAAAAUUGUGUACAGGUUUAUAAAGAUUGGCAAAGUGCAUGAGACGCCUCUGGAGUUUGAGGCUACGGUAGCCACUUACCAUCAGGCGGGCCGUAUGCAUGUUUGCCACUAAAGUGGUCUAUAAUUAUAUAUAUUUUUUUAUACUACGUCGGUGGUAAUAUAUUAUAACAUAAAAAGGAUAACUCAAUGAAAAUUUGUCUCUAAAUGGAAAUGUAUUUACCAAGAGUUUUCUCUAUUCCGUACAUUUCACUGGAGUUUUUGUACGAUUUAAAAUGUAGGUUAUGGAAACGUAUGAGGAAUUGUUUCUCGCUAAGGUCGCGCUAAUGCCUUGUGUAGAACUUAUCGGGCUUCACUCCUCAUAGAAAGCAGGUCAAGCUCAGUGCGGUACGGACACAUCUCCAGUUCGUCGCGUAACAUUCAAUAAUACAUGAGCCGCUGUGACGCCCAACGCAGACGGCGCACACAGACGCGUCCGUAUGUAUAAAGUGUAAACACAGCCGCGUGGAAGGUAUAAAUAGCGGCGCCGGUCCGCCCGCCCCGCACUCUGCUUCAAGCAUUCGCUGAGAGCACACCUAUCUAUCGCUACUAAAACUCGUUAUCAGUCAACAUGGUUGUCAAACUAUCAGUUUCCGCGCUGUACGCCGACGGUUUCCCUACGCUGCCUAAAGCGAGGGGACGCGAGGAGUGCAUCGCUGCCGACUGCCCGAGAAGACAGAAGAUGCAGCAGGUAUCGCUACCUGCCUUGGUGGAGGACGACUCCGAGGUCGAAGAGACCUUCGAGCAGGAGCAGCGACCUUACAUCUUGCGCGCUGAACAUCUGAGGCGCCAGAAAUCAGUUUCUCCACCACGGCGCGAGAGACUGCAGCGCCACAUGGUACUGCCUUCACUUUCCGAGGAUGAGGAGCCUUGAUCGCCUUUCUGAAGACCCCUGGAUUGAAGUUCUGAAGCCGGCCAGCAGGCCGCAGCCCCGAGCGAAGAGAACCUCUGCUCCGAGAAUUCUCCCAGUGAUCGGACUAUGUAAUGUGCAAGGUGUAGACUGCAAGUGUCAUGUGCAACCAAAAGUAAUGCUAAAAGCGUAUUAUUUAAGUUAAAGCUAACCUAAGGUGUCACUAAGAUAAGUUUAAUAAAAGUUUUUUUAUGAUA